CCUGUGGUCUGACCAGUCACUCAUCUGUGACCUUACAUCAUGGCAGAUCUCCGUCAAUGUUUGCGAACUGCUAGGAAUAGAUUUCCUUCAAAAAUGCUGUUCAAACAUCGCAGGUUGAUAUCACUCAUGGCUGUAUUUGUGAUCACUGCUGUCGGAUGCUUCCACUUCGCAGAUUACAUUUCUGUCAGUUUCAAAGCAAUUCGACACACGAACUUGUUUUUACAGACACAUAAACCCAUUGCCAUUCACCGCAACCCCAAAGGGAAGAAUGAGAGCAUCGCCUGCGUCGUCGAAAAUUCUCUAGGAGACAGUUGCAGUGGGAUUGGAUUUGCCUCCUUGGUUUUGCAGACAAUAGACGACAUCACAACGUGUCUUGCACAGGGAUUCGUCCCAACUGUCAUUUGGACAGAUUGUGACUACUGCGGGCCGCCUGGAAACGGACUAAACUACUGGACGUGGUACUUUGAAGGUAGAAACGAGGGUAUCGUACAACAGGCGAAAACUCGGGUGUGUAUGGGGCCCUCUAGGAUUCCCGAAGGCCAUCCUUCGGUUUACCUGACUCAAACAGGAGCAAAGGGUGAAUUGGUGGAUUUCCGUUUUGCCGACAUGAAAAGCAAAGUGACGGAAUACUUCCAACCAAUCACAGCAGAGACCCGGGCUCUUGUCAAUCACGUCAUAUCCGGUUAUCUCAAGCCAGCCGCUCGAGUCAGGAACGUCGUGGAUUCUUUCUACCAAUCCGACAUGGCGGACAGUAUUAAUAUAGGUGUUCAUGUGAGAUUGGAGGCAGGUCACGCUGAAGAGAUGACACUUUAUCACCAGACGCCUCCAAAACUCCAAGACUUUGUUCAAGUCGUGCAGCGUCUCACAGACGACAUCACCGCCAAACAUGUCGGCAAAGAGAUUCGGAUAUUCCUGGCCUCCGACCUUGACGAAGUCAUCGAGGAAUUCAAGUCCAAGUUUGGGGGCAAAAGAGUCUUACAUAUUGAUGCUCUUAGGGGUGAAACAAUGGUUAUUACUCGUUUCCUUGAACAGAGAAACUCCGGACAGUUAAUGGGUGAUCAGGUGUUCAGCGACAUCUUGCUGAUGUCUAAGUGUGACCACUUUGUCCACCAUGAGUCAAACGUUGCUUCAGUGGUGUACUAUUUCAACCCCAACCUUCAGAGUCACUACGUCAGUGGAGACGCCUCAGUGUUCAGACGACUCAAUGCGCAACCCCGUUUUGACUCUGAGGAACUUUUUCGCCAGGCCGUUGCCAGGGAGAUGCGCAACAUGGCCCUUCCCGACUGGCAAGACUGGCCGCUUUGGGAUCGUUUUAAGUUCUGGGUCAAAACGCAGAAAUUUUUGCUCUUCGAUCAAGUAAAUUUUGGGCGUCAACUGAAGUGCUUUUACAAGAAUAUCAAAUGGAGCACAUGUCGAAAUGAGUUUUUAAGAUCACAAUUUGCCAGCAAUAGUGAUAUACAGAAAUUGAUGAGUCGGUGAAGUUGUUGAAAAUAUACCUUCAGGGACUGAAUCUUUUGUUUGGGGGGAGGCACCAACGCAUGCAGCCUGAAACUUUUUUUGACAAACGUUUGAAAAAAACAGCUGAUUUUCAACUUGUAAUACACACUGUACAACACCGCCAACACCCGUCAUUUAUCAUCUAUAACUUUACAGUGACCAAAUGUAAGAAAGAAAUGCAAACGCUUGUAAAUGGUGUGUAUGAUAUAACGUUAUAUGUGUAGAGUGGUCUAUGUUUUAUUGUAUGCAUAAUUUUAUAGUCUCUAUUUUACGACAUGGAUUCUUAAUGGUUUACUUACUUCAUGCAAAUGAUUCAUAUGACAGUCACCAAGGGAUUUUGGUGGCGCAAUACAUCGGUCACGAUCAAGUUUCAACCUUGGCAAGGUGUUGAUAAAACAAACUACCUCAUAUCUUCGCCCAAUGAUAUUAACCUUCAUGACUGAAAUACAUACAUAAUAUAAAGGUUUGUCAUUGACUACAUAUGCUACUCAUCUGAUGGGUUCUUUGGAUACGUUUGGUAGGUGUGUUAGGGGAUGGGAAAAAGAAAGUAAAUUUCGACCGUAUGGCCUCCUAAUGGCUUUCUAAGGUAGUGCUGCGGAAUUUCGACAUCUUGACAUUCCGUAGUCGUGAUGUUUUAGUCGUAUACAACGUUAAGUAUUGGGCCAGAGAGUAAGCUAUGAUUUGCAAAAUCAAUGGGAAAUACUUCACUCGAAAAGAUUGACAUCAUUUGACGAAGGUAUGAGGUCGUGAAACUC